GCUGGCCGAUUUGUGACUGUCUCUCGGCUACCGUAGUCGUCGCGUCGUGCGUGUGUGUGUUGUCGGUGUUGUGAUAUGCCGUAAAAGCAGCCGCUGCACCGGUGUCUCGCGUUCCGUGGUGCUGCAGUACUUCACCGUUCGUCGCCUGUGCUCAGCCUGCGUGCCGAUUCCGAGCUGUGCGAAACGGUUGUGCUGACACUGGCGUCUCUGUGAUGCAAGCCGCACUGUUGCUCCGGGAUUGCUCUCCGUGAGGCCGCCAGUCAUCCCGUAAAACGACAGCGCUUCGACGAUAACGAAGCCACCUCCGAUCAGCGUUCGACGCGAAGCCGGCUGACAUGGAGAACUCCAACGUGGAAGAGGAGCACAUCGUGAUGACCCCCCGCAAGAAGGCGGAGGGCCAGACGACCAUCAAGAUGGAGCGGGUGGCUCGGCAGGCGCUCGAUAAGGGCAACGUUAUGCACGAGGCCGGCGGAGACCACCGGGGGAUCGUCAUCAACCGGCUCGCCAGCAGGGAUGACGAUGAUGAUGAUUCACCCGAGAUCUCAUUGGAGUUUCGUGUAUUCCUCACCAAUGUGGUGACAGAAGUCCACACACGAGAAAGCAGAGAGCUCAAGUUCUGGUUUAAGCCGGGGGUGACCAAGAGUGACCAGCGUCAUUCAGCCCAGGAAUUUUUUAAAGAACUGGUCAGUCCCAGUGACUUUCCCAGAGAUUAUGUGGGUUUCAUAAAGAAGAUUAUGAAGCUGAUGCAGAUUAAAUAUGUCAGCAUGCGCAAGGUGGAGAUUGAAAUGCGACAACUGGAGAACAUUACUGAGCCUCCCCGACGCCCGAACCCUUGGCUUUCCCUGACUCUGGGGCAGGACUCUGAGCUUCCAGACAGCUUUGCCCCCCAGCUGGAGGGAAUCGUCAAGUUCAACUCUGGCCACGUGCACCUCUUGCAUCGAGAAGUGUCUCUGGAUGACAGCACACUCGAGGCCAAGAUGGAGCUCACUCAAGAGAAGGUCCUGGAGAUAAUUGAGUCAGCUUAUCCCAACCCUGUGUCCCUUACUGAACUCUCCAAGAACACCAACCACGCCCCUGAAGAGGUUCACCUGCAUCUGCGUGAGCUGCUGUCGAAGAACCUCAUCAAAGAGAUGGAGUCUGGGAGCUUCACCCGUGUGGUCCAGAAUGACACUGAGGUGAAGAUGGUUCGCCAGAUGCCCACAGUGCAUGGCUCGCAGCAGCCAACCAUUGCCAUCAUCACAGCCCAGUAUUGCGAGAAGCUAGCCGUUGACGUCAUGAUUGAGAACAAGAACACUUUCGUGCGCUACAAGACUGAAGGCGAGUCCAAUGUGUACACCCUGGGCAACAUUGGUGCCCACAGAGUGGUCUCAACGAAACUUCCUGCAGUGGGCCAUUCUCGAGCGGCCAUCAUAGCUGCUGGCAACACGACCACACGUCUGCUGGGUACUUUCCAGAAGGUCGACUACGUCUUCCUAGUUGGCGUCGGAGGCGGAGUGCCUCACUACACCGAUCACACCCAGCACGUCCGCCUGGGUGAUGUGGUGGUGUCAGCACCCAGGCCAGUGCCGUCUGCCACCAACGGCAACAUCAAUGGCAGCACCAAUGCCACGACCGGCCAGCAUGUGUACCUGUUUGCUGAACAACAGCAUCGUUCCCCUGACCACCUGCCGGGCAGCCGUGAGCCCUCCCCAUCAGAGCUUGCCUACAGCGUCAAGACAUGGUGCCCACCUGAGCUCAGGCUGCAGGAGCUAGCUGAAAAGAUGUGGCAGCAGGGUGCCACAGACCCCGAGCUGCGGCCCUGGGAGCGCUACAUUGAAGAUGGCCUACGGGCUCUGGCAGACCAAGAGUCAGAUUUUGCACGCCCCCCGGAGUCCUCUGAUCGACUCUACAUGUCCAUCGGAGCGAAGGACCUCAUUGAAGUGGCUCACCCAGCUCCUCCGCCAGGAGCAUCUGACCACAGGCUUCCCGGGCGGCCAGUGGUACACUUUGGCAGCGUGGCCUCAGGUCUGGGCAGCGUGGUGCGGGACGACAGCCGGCGGCAUGCGCUGGCUGAGGAGUAUGGCGUGCGAGCGUUUGACACCGGCUUCGACACUGUUGUCGAGUCUAUCUUUGGCAACCGCAAGGACAACUAUGCCUUCAUCCGUGGUAUCGCCGACUACAAGGAUGGCAGCAAGGGCCGCGAGUGGCAGCCGUGCGCUGCACUCGCUGCGGCCGCCUUCAUGAAGGCCGUUGUCUGUGCCCUCGACCCCGCCGAGGAGGACUGAGUGCUGCCCUCGUCACGGUGCAUAUCCUUCAUUUUUAGUUACUCUGAUCACAUUCUCACAUUGCAACUGUUUUGUGACAAUAAGUGAGCCAGUGUGCCACUUUGCACUUUCCAUUUCAACAUUUUAGAGAGCCCUUGUAGAGAAGUACUUGGAAGGAAGCUAAUUUGAGCUGUCUCCACUAUUUAAAAUUUGAAUAGAAUUCAUUGUUACACGGGUGUCUUAGAGUGAAACAUUAGUUAUUUGUGAAUGGGCAAAGUACAACGCAUAGUAGUUAUCUUCAUCAGUUGUUGACAGUCCCACCAGUAAAAGGAUUGAGCUGGUAGUGUCAGGCAGGUAGUGUCACUUGCCUUAAACUUCCUUUGUAGAACAGAAUUUCAGUGCACUCUAUAACUUUUAAAAUGUUACAGCCAAGUGUAUACUAGUACACUUUAUACCAGACACGAUUUGACCCUUUCUUAAAUAUUUUCCAAAGAGAGUGCCCCCUGAAAUGUAGGGAGUACAAUGAGAAGGGGGUGGUGAGAUGUGCCAUGGCACUCGCGCAAAAUUUUGCCAGUGUUCAGUAUCAGAUGCAGGGCUAUACACGCCACAAUCCCGACCUUUCGGUUGCACUCAUUUGUGCACUUUCAGGGUGCAGGAUUCACACAGAGUAAAUAUAUAUAUUCUCUGUGAAUAUACCAUCGUGCGCAUGUCCCUAUCCCUUGCGUUUUUGUUUGCCGUCAUCAAUAGAUGAUGACACACAAAACUUCAUAAGCAGACCCCUCUACACAACUCAAAUGCUCUCAGUAAAAUGUGGAUCAGACGCUUUAAGAAGGGAGUAAACUGGCACCUGCAUGCUGAGAACAAGGAUGGGAUUGCAGCACAUUCAAGUGCACUCCCUGCUUUGUACAGGAGCGACCACCACCAUCUUAGUGCAGUGCCAGCAUUUGAGCUACAAGGAGAAGAAGCCUUCUUGUGAAGUUUUCCACAUCCUCUAUUGGCAACAUAUGAUGAGAGCAGUAACAGCUAGCAGAUUCCAUUCUGCAAUUUAAUAUAUAUCACAGAUAGAAUACAGUGGUUGACUAGUGUGUAGUGGUAAGGGGCACUAGCCUUUAUUGAUCAUCUAAAGCUCAGAUACCUUUUCAUGUUGAAUGCCACAUGUAACUGCGAAGGCGGUUCUGAACUUCCCAGUGUUAUAGCAGCUUCUAGUUUAACUAUGUACAACGUUAUUGGGAAAGUGAAGAUUUUGUCCUCAUGCUGCAAAAUGGGUGAAACGUGAGAAGGAUGGACUCACUGAAGCACUGAGUGCCAGAGUCCAGAGUUGCUUGUAGUGGUUGUUCCAUAUGAAUAAGACAUACAGGAAUGUAGCCAACUGUUCCUUAACAACUUCCUAGAACACCGAUCACUGCUAGUACUUGGACAACAAUCAUUUGCUGGCAUCCUGCCUUCAUGAUCUAAACAUUCAUGUUGUUGCACAGUGUUGUUGAACAAAUUUGAGAAGAUUACAUCAUGUUUGUCUCUGUAACCUGAAUGUGUUCCUUUCUUUUAACAAGUCAUUACAGCAAUCCUUUUUCACCGUUUAUAGCCGUCAUUGCCACCGCUUACAGAAUAAACUAUUGUAGAAUGAAAAUGGAAUUUGUUCACCGAAAGAAGUAAGGGCUCAGACCUUUUCUAUACAGGUACAGCAUCAAGCACUAACAAAAUUUUUGUGGUCCUUUUUAUACUUUACUGUGCAAGUUCAUAGUCACUGCAGGAAGCUCCAGCACUGUCAUGUACUUCACUGAUUUGUCACAAAAUGGUUGCAGUGUUUGAAUGUACCCCUGUGAAUAAUGCGCCAAAACAGACUCAACCUAGGGAAAAGGAAAGUCAUUUGAAGAACAUAGGUGUCUCUGAGAUGUAUUUUAUUUCUGAAUUCUAUUCAUUUUGCAUGGGACCUGUUUCGAGAUAGGCAGGAUGCCAAGUGGACAGGUGCUAGUCUGCUAUGCAUCUUCAUGAUUAUUGUCGAAUAUGCUGCUUGCAUGCUUUUUUUUUUUAUGUGUUUGUUGGAUCUCUGUAUAUGAAGCUUCAAGCCAAAUAAUGCUCUUUGUGGGCUGAGCCUGAAGGUCACCAUGGCAGAUGGAACAUGCAUAGUUAAUGCAUAGUUAAAGCAAACUACAGUUUACUUCAGCUUAGGCUGCAGAAUUGGUUUGAGUUUGUAUUUGCCAAGUUUUACCUGUCUUGUCAUUGCUGCACAAAAAGGAGGCUUGCAGGGUCUUUUUUUUUUCUUUUGUCAAUCGAACCUUACUAUAACGAAGUCACAUAUGACAUGAGAAUACAUUCAUUAUAUCCGAUGUUUAUUAUAAGUAUAUAGUCAUUAUAGGAUGAUAUCGGUGAGAAAAAUUUCAGAUUUACUUCAUUAUAUUCGAUAAUUGGUUGUGUCUGUGUUUGUUAUAUCUCGGUUCGACUAUCUACAUUUCUGAAGAUAUGGUUCCUUUCCAGCAGUUUAUAAAAUUGGUUAUCAUUAUCAUUAUGUCAGUGCCAGAAGCUCAGUGGAUAAAAGUUUGACUGACAAGUGACUUGUAUGCUAUAGGAAAUUAUGGUGCAGCUGGUGGCUGAUACAACGGGAGGUUAACUAUUAUGAGAGCAUGUGUAUGCAACAUCAGCCAGUUAUUAUCAAGUUAAUAAGAACUGCUUGAAAUGAAGUCAGUAAGUGAUUACAAUAUUUAAGACUCAAUACUAAUGCUGCCUUUUCCCCCCCUAGGAAAUGACAUGUGCAUUAGAUUCAAGUAUGAAACCAAAACUGUAAUAUUGACAAGCUAUCUUAAUUGGUGUUAAACAUUUUUGUAAUUCAAUCCAAGCUACAAGUCACUUCUCGGUGCUAUCAUGAACACCGUCAAACUCAGCCGUGUUGUCAAAUCCGCCAUCCUAAUUGUCAUCUCUGAUUGGUUCAAUGGGCAGCCAGGCAGCAGCUCAGAUUGGCUCAAAAUACCAACAUGAUGGAAUUCAACAACAUAUAGUGGAAUUUAACAGUGGCUAGAAUGUCACCUCACUAUAGGGGCUGCAGUAGCUUUGUGCCUUCUCCACAAGUUAGUUAGGCUGCUAUGGUCCACAAUGCACUUAAAAGAAAUGCAGUUUUGGAAAUGCUAUAGACAGCAUCGGGGGGGAAGAUGCUGGGGCUCGGGGGCUGUUGAUAGUGGUAAGGAGGCAUGCGACAGUGACAAUGAGUGACACGCAGUCUGCUGCGGCUCAGAUGUAAUAAUUUUUUUUUUUUUCAAGUGAGAGCAUAUCACCAUUACUCUGCCUCUCUGCCAUGAAAAACUAUGAGUGAAGUAUCAAAGGCAUUGAUUGCAUUUAUAAUUUCCUGAAGCAUCAAAAUCAGGGUGCACGGUACAAUCGAUGGGGCAUUAGAACCAAGUAAAUAUGCUAAUCAGAAAUUUAGCAGAAUUCUUGCCAGACCUCAACUGUUGCUGCACUUUCAAGUGGUGCUCUUCACCCAUCACUGCACAAGAUGAUAGGGUUAAAUUCAGUAUAUUGUGCCCUUGAUGUCAAUAAUCUAUAGCAAAGCCGAUACGUACCAUACAGAGCAUCACUAUAUAAGCGUAUAGUAGCUAGAUACUUGCAUACAGGUUAGGGCUGAGCAGCGGUUAGCUAUGCUGCAAAAGUCAAGAGUGAAGAACAAAGUUGCACAAUUGAUCUUGUUGUACUUGCGGAGUGAUUAUAUAGCUUUUACAUGGCAUGCAACCAGGGCAGGUGAUGUUGGAUGCAUUCUUGUCUGCUGCAGCUUCUAUGUAAGACUCUUAUCAAACUCUCUUGCUUAACCAGCAGUUUAGUUUGCCAUUGGCAUCAGUGUGUUCGAAAACAACAUGUGAGAUUUCUACUGUUACAGUAGCUAUCUUUCUAGCACUGACACCUUGGCUAUAGGAACAUUGAAAGUGUGUCCUUGUCUCUAUGUACAAAUUUUAGUGGCUGCACUUUUGAUGUUUACAGAAGAUGGCAUGGUUUAUUUUAAACCCACAAGGAGAAGCAUUGGUGCAGGAGUGUAGACUUGAAUAAACAGUGACUUUUUGUAUUUUUCUUCAUUCUACUGUGCUACCACUGUCUCCUGUAACAAAUAUGUUGCUUGACCGGCAUUCUGCCUGUUUUAUUUCAAGUGGAACUGUGUUGUGCUUGUAAAGUUAUUCUAUUCAGAAGCUUGUGUUCCCAUGUAUCACAGAAGGGGCAACUGUUGUGCAGGGGCCAUGCUCUAAGGCUAUUCUUUAAUACAUCUUUAAAGGGUCAUUAAAGAGACACUCCAAGGUACUAGCAGAGAAAAUAAAAAGCCAGACUUCUCGAAAUUCGCACACGUACAAACCACAGCAUUGACGACGUCAGUGCAACAUUGCAGACUUUGCUGUAUCCCCACCUCUUCAAGAGGGGAAAAGUGCGUAGAAGCUGCCAGACUUGGUCAUCACUUAAUUUUGAAUGCAGUGUAAUCUUUCUGUAUCCGGAAAUGUUAACUCGCCGCGAGCAGGCACGAUCAAUAUUCCUCAAUCAUUAUUGUAAAGAACCUAUAAUCAGUGACAACCUAAUAAUGCGGUGGCUAAUACACUGCCGUCCAAUUUAAAGAUGAUUUGUACACACAUGCCAGCUAAUUAUGGUCGUUCGUUUUCUUGAUGUCGAGGUCGAGGCAAACUUCUUUCCAUAUCGGCAUCACUCGAGAACUACGUUUUCGAGUGCAGAGGCGCAGAGAGCAGGUGCCGUUUGGUUCUGUGGGCGGAGCUUGUCCUGAAUUAUUAAAUGUUCACCGACUAUCGUACAAGAAUUUCAAGGUUGCACUGCCAUCUACUUUUUAUGUGGAGUCCUUUGAGGCUUAUCAAGCUCUGCUCACAAUAGAAUGGUAAUCUUAAAGGUACAUUCCAGCAAAAUGUAGCUUAACUUAUUAGUGGCAUGAGCACUGAGUGACACUCUUUGUUUCUUGUGUAGCAACUUCCUGUUGGGGACCGACUUCCAGUCUGUCACAGAGGUGGGAUAAAAUUAAAGAUAAAUCAUAGAAAAAUAAAAUCAGGUAGAUAUCGAUGGUUCUACUUAUGGUUGAUGAUAGAUAUGACAUCGGAGCACAGGUUUAGUUCAGUAAAGAGCUAUUUGAGUGUCAGGAAUAAUUAUAAACAAUGAAGGAAAGUCUAAUUGCUGUACACCAAAGCACACAAUCGUACACCUUAGAUGCCCACCGCAUCAAUACAGGUUCCCGUGAAACUCCAAGACCAGAAGUGACGUCAUCAGUGACGUCACACUUAAACCAGAGGUACCCGCUCAUUACUAAUUAAAAUAAAAACAAGCUAAUUAGAGCUACACACCACCUGGCACAGAGCGAAUGCCUGCCUAACACAGCGGAGGGGUGACAUCACCCCCUCCUCUCUCGCGUCUCCCCUCCCGGCUUGCUCCGUCGCUCUCUUGCACACGCCAACUGUAUGCCAGCGCUCGUUACAUGCUCUCAGGUCAGCGGCGGAGGGCGCGUAAGGUGCGCUUCGUGCACCGUCCGCUAGGGGGCUACGCGUCACGCCCUCCUUUGCUCCCUCACCCGCUCCUCUGUGCAUGGUGGUUUUCCACCAGUUCCGUUCGCUCAUUCCUCCGAGUUCGGUUUCCCGCCCGUUCCAUUCGCCAUGGAAGUAGACGACGAGGACACAAGGCCAAGUGUUUUGUACACAAGGAAAACAAAGUUAACCCAAACAGUACACCAGGGUACACCAAUGCCGAGGUGCGAGUGCCACUAGCAGACACCUAAGUCAAGGAUUAGGGUCGUUUCUUAAUUUUGUUUCUCUUUAAUGUCUCUUUAAGGUAUUUUAGUCAAGCUGCACUGCAUUUGCUCUGUGAUUGUAGCCAACGUAGUUGUCACGAGAAACACAAAUUAGUGUUUCACAGUGAAAACGGUUUUUAUGGCUUGGUUGCAAUUGCACUGUGAGUGUAGUGUCCCUGUAAACAUGUUUUCCUUUUCCUGUAUGUUUUGUGCUCAAUAUACAUACACACACUUCAGUCCUUCAGCAGGAGGAGAGAGAACACGCAGUUUGCAUCUCGGCUACUGACAUGUGUACCCAGUACCCGGUUUUCUUACUCUGCAUUCUAAUAAAGAGAAAAGGUUACACAAAGUUGCAGUGUUAAGAUAAAUUAUUUCACUGCCUCUGACUUGAAUUUCUGGGCACCAGCAGGAUGUUGAAGGCAACAUUCACACUGGUGAUUGACAAAGGUCCUGCAACUGACCGCAAUUGGAAUCAAGGUAUCACUCACGACUACCCGUGUUCAGACUGGCAAGUGCAACCUGCCUGCCACCACAUUGAAAUGUCUCAUGAUUAGUAUUCAUAUGCGCUUGCACCACCAUAAAUAUGCAUCAGUGUAUACUGACGUCCUGCCCCUGCACAGGAGCUGUAAAGUUGAGCAGUGAACGAAUGACUUGAAACAGUCACUUUUUGACCAAAGCAGCCAUCGCUUUGCGACCAAUUUGGUCAUGUGAACUCUGUGACUCAUUGGUGUGAAUGCUGCCUAAAAUAGACAGGCCUUUCUGUAAGAGGAAGUGCCAAGAGGUGUUCUGCCGCAUUUCUGUUGGCAAAAAAUGUGUGGGAUUUAUUCGCUAGCUUGAAAUGUGUUUGUUCCUUGUAUCAUAAGAACGGCCUACUGUAUGGAUGAUGCUGGAUUGGUAGCACACAGAUGCAUCACGCAUGGUAUCCGAGGAGACUCGCGUUUUGUUUUACUGUGACGUGUUAGUGCAAUGCAUCAGUGUGCAUUAGCUGUGCUCUAACUGAGAUUGGUGGCACUCUUGCAAUAUGUAAAUACAACUGGUCUCACUGUGCCAAAAGAAAAGGUGUCGACUUUGAGAUUAUACACAUGUGUGUUAAAACAUAUGCUUCAGAUGUGUGGCAGAUACGCGGAUUCCUGAACAAUGAUAAGUUCACAAUGGUGUUUGCCUGUGCUAGUUUUUACACAAAUGCUUUUGCAAUGACACAGCAAUCAGCAGCUAAUGGGGCAAGCACUGUUACUGAAUGUCCAAUGUUCCAAAUGCUUAUGUGCAACUCAGACAUGCGAAGCAUUCUUGAUACAGCAUUGCAUGGCAGGCAUAAAACACACAAAAAACGGUGCUCUGAGGGGAAGGUAGACAGCCAUUACUUGCAUGGUGCUCAUAUCAGGAAACAUGAACUCCAACAUGAAGAGUAACACUGAGCUUGAACUUUGAUUUAAUUAUAUGGAAGACAGUAUGUUUUCAUAGUUAGCUAACUUGAAAGGAUUAUCACGUUUCUAUGCUCUGCAUUUAUUGGUGUUGAUAAAUUUCAAACUGGAUAGGAUGUGCUUUUUAUUGAAAGUUGAUGAAAGGUUAUAUACAUGCAAUAUUUCUUCUCUAGAGAGCAGACUAAGCCGCAGGGUUAUGAUAUGUGUUUAAGAAAUAAGUUUCCACUCAGGCAUGACUUGUGUUUUGGAAAUAUGUCACCACUGUGACCAAAAGGCCCGACGUGCCACUGGAAUAUUCAUGAGACAUAAAGGAGGUCAAACUUGUUUGCAUAGAGGAACUGAGUGUGUCUAUUGCUUUCUUGUAUAUUUGAAGGCACAUAUUAAUUAUUACUAAUAUCUAGCAAUUGUGCCAUUGUGAAGGCACUUAUGUUUGCUGCGAAUUGUCACCAUCUGGGGCGAGAGUGGACAACUUUAGGCUUCCCUGACAGCAUGCGCCAUGACUCAUAGUUUGACAAUGACAAACUGAAAACAUCUGGGAACUGAUACAUUCUUUAUUCAGUUCUGUGCUGAGAAUUUCUUUUUAUUCUUGUUGCCUCUGCAUGCUUUUUUUGCAGUAUGAGAUGUGAAUGUAGUGCCACUGGCAGAUAUCAUACUCUAUCUUGUGGUCUGUAGAGGACAGAAACUUGCCUUGAAUAGACACAUUGUCGUAAUGGUGUUUAAGUUUUUGUGCAGGACCUUGCCUUGAAAAUUUGAAUUUCAGAAAGCACUUUCCUGCUGCAAUGUUUUUGUUUUGUCCUUGAGAGCACUCGCUCAAAUUGUGUUUCCAGUGCCCUUUAUAUUGACUGUAAGGAAGACUAGAACAACAGAUGUUUAUGUUGUGCACUGUGUCAUUGCUGUUCUUAGUCAAGGCAGAACUUUUCAUUGUCUUCAUGCUGUAAAGACAAAGAAUAUGUAAAGCAUACCUUAAAUGUUCAGAGGGCAUCCUUGUCGAGGCAUGAAGGUGUCCAGAAUGCAUCUCAAACGAGCCAUCGUAUGACUUUUCAAGGACAUGAUAGAAUUGUUGUAGGAGACAUGCCUGGACUGUCCCACUAAUGUCUUGCACAAUGACGUUGCUGUAACAGUGUUUUACAUGGUCUGCAAAGAAGUUCUCACAGCAGACCUUCACUGCUAUUUUGAGAGUGCUCACUUACCCUUGUUGUAGGCGUUGGGAAAUGCACUGCACUUGCUGGAAAAGGUAGCAUACUCCAUAAGGAUGCCCAGAACAAACAUCAUAUAGGCUUGACUGACAGUGUCUUCUCUCCUUGGAAAAGUUGAAACAGAAGAAAGAGGGCUUAAUUGCCGUUUUUAAUGCUCAUCUGCUCGUUAAGCCGAGAAACAGAGUAUACAUAUAGAUAUAUUAUACAUACUAUUUCAUCGCUAUAGUGUAUAGAACGUGCUGGCAUAUGUGUCAGAGCUGGCGCAUCUUGGUUGUUUCAGGAAUGCAUGGUUUUACUUUGUGUGCGCUCUACGAACAAAGUGACACGACUACUUGAUCUUAUUUUUGUAAAAGUUGCUUGUUUCAGUCGGGCUUUGCCGUCAGUACAAAGCCCGGGUGACACUGCCUGUGUCAUCAUUUUGUUUGCCUUCUCCUCCUCCUGUACCGUAAGUGCUCCCUUAGAGAAUAAAGACGUUAAUAUAUUCCCCGCGCUAA